AUGGAAGUCAAGGGCCAUCUGGAUCAGGUGGUGCAAAAGGAGAUAAGGGAUCCAGAGGACCUGUGGGGCAGGAGGGAGUUGCUGGUCUCGAUGGGUCCAACUGGACAGAAAGGAUUUCAAGGGCCAGCCGGCCAAAAGGGCAUAUCUGGUGUUAAAGGAAACACUGGACCUCCUGGGCAGAGAGGCCCAAAGGGGUCUGAGGGUGAAAGAGGAAACCAAGGCUCACAGGGACCGAAGGGGCCACAAGGGACACAGGGAUACAGGGGUGCACCUGGAGAUAGAGGACAACAGGGGCACCCGGGACUCAAGGGUGAGGCAGGCACCAGGGGUUUAUCAGGCACUCCUGGGCCAUUUGGAGCUGGAGGCAAAACUGGGGCAGCAGGAACCAAAGGCCGGAAGGGGCUCCAGGGACUUGCUGGUCCUCCUGGUAAUAUGGGCCCUCCUGGACCAACUGGACCAUCACCAGCUGGAUUACCUGGCACGAGAGGUGCUGAAGGUAAAAGUGGAGUCCCUGGAGCAAAGGGCAGUCUUGGUGAAAAGGGUAUGCUGGGUCUUCCAGGCAUUAAGGGAGACGUGGGCAUCAGAGGUAUAAAAGGCAUAAAAGGCGAGCCUGGAACACGAGGGAAAGUGGUAAGAGAGCAUUCUUAA